AUAUAUAUUACUUAUAACACAUGUGUUGGUCAUACAAAUCCAUAUUUGAAAAGUUCCAUGCAGCUAUCACUUUGAGCUUGACUCGCUCCUGUUAGUAAUAAACGCUCUCGGCGUGCAGGUAGCUCAGCAGAAAGCGCCACCGUAACGCUCUGGAGCGCUCUGUCGUAAUGAACUCAAGCGUAGACGAACCUGUGCAUUGGAUGAGAAUAUCAUCUCGAGACUUUUCAAUUAGAAUAUCGAACCGCGUGGAAACGGACAAAACACAGCAAACAAAUGGAAGGAAGGAUUAUCAAAAUAAAACGGUCACUGAUCAAGCAGGGCUGUUAGAUCUAACUUUAAAACAUGGCUAUAGUGUACAGCUGCAUAGCCAAAGGGCACAUUAUCCUGGCUGAUGUCUCACUUAGAGGCGGGGAUUUUCAGGGUACUGCUUUAAACUUGAUUAGGCCAAGCCCCAUGGGUCCAUUAUCAAGAGACAGCUUUCAGAGAGGGAGUUUCAAUUACUAUACUCUGUUUAAUAACGGAAUUACCUUUGUGUGUGCAACAGAAAAGAACAUGGACUCCUUAACAGCAUACAGGUUUCUUGAUGAGAUUUGCAAGAUCUUUGUUGAAAGUCCUCUGAUAAACAAAGUGGCAUUUGCUCAUCCCUUUGAAUUGAGUGCAGACCUUAAUCAGGUGCUGGGCCAGAACAUGGCUGACUAUAGUGCAAAACCGAGUUCUGGAAAGCUGGACGCUGUACAGGAGCAGGUUAACGACGUGAAAAACAUUUUGUCAGAUAACUUAAACAAAGUUCUAGAAAGAGGAGAAAGGCUGAAUGAUCUUAUAGACAAAACAGAUGACCUGCAAGCAACUGCCGAGACUUUCCAAAAAACAUCAACAAGGAUUGCUCGGAAGAUGUGGUGGAAAAACAAAAAGAUGCUUGCUAUUAUUGUGGUGAUAGUUAUAAUAAUUAUAAUCAUCAUAAUUCUUUUAGCCACAAAUGUUAUUCCAACAUAAUAUCCACCCAGUGGUUUACAUUUAUCAGACUCCUGACUUGUACAUGUUUUUUGCACAUUACGUUUAUAAUUUAAUACAUUGUAAAUUCAGACAUGUACAUAAUUGUAUUUCAAUAAAAAUGUGUUUUGUGCUUACGAA